AUGGAGAGUGAAUUUUCAGAUUCCAAGGCUGCUGAAGGGGAAGAAGCCAAGUCUGAGAAUGGGUUCAAUGCACCCAUUUGCCCUGUUAGAGGCAAACCUGAUAUCAACUGCUUCAUGAUCAGCUGUGACAAUUGCAACAAGUGGUUUCAUGGCGACUGCAUCAAGACCACAGAGAAGAAGGCAAAAGUCAAACGAGAGUCCUACUGUUUGCAGUGCCGAGAGAAAGACUCAAAGACGAAGAUCCAACACCUACACAAAAAACCCUGCCAUGAGACUGAGCCCAGGGAUGAUACAGCCAUCCAGAGAAGGAAGGUUGCCUUGGAGGAGCCUUUGCUAAAUGAGUCACCAGAGUUUGUGGCCACACCCGAGACACCCUCUGAUAUAGACUUGCUCCUGGACCCUGCGCUCUAUCAGGACGUCUGCCCUAGAGCCUUUGAUGACCACGGUGUCCCUCCGGAUGCCCCUUUUCUAGACGCCGGGCUUCGAAAAUCCUUGGUGAAAUUAAAGCACGCUAAGCAGCUGGAGAAGUAUGAGAAGUGUUACCGGCAGAAACAGAGGCAGGAGGAUCUAUUUGAACCCAGAGAUACCAAAUACCCAGCCUCCACGCCCCAGUGUCUGGGCCCCAGAUGUGUCCAGCCUGCCCAGCCAGGCUCCAAGUACUGCUCUAAUGACUGUGGCCUGAAGCUGGCUUUCAAUCGCAUCUGUAAGAUCCUACCGCAGCGAAUCCAGCAGUGGCAGCAAAGCCAAUGUAUGGCGGAAGAACGCGGGAAGAAGCUUUUGGAGCAGAUCCAGAGGGAGCAGCAGGGGGCUCGGAUCCGGCUGCAAGACUUAGAACGCCGCUUUUAUGAGUUGGAGGCUGUCAUCCUCAGGGCAAAGCAACAGGUGGUGAGGGAAGACGAGGGGAUUAAUGAGGGAGACAACAAGGUCAGGGACCCGCAGAUCUUCUGUGUCUCUUGUGGCGACUCCGUCAGCUCCGAGGUGGCACUGAGGCACAUGGAGCGUUGCUAUGCCAAAUAUGAGAGCCGGACAAGCAUCGGGACUAUGCACCCCAGCAGAAUUGAGGGGGGCCCUCAACUCUUCUGUAAUGUCUACAACCCACAGAACAAAACGUAUUGUAAGCGCCUGCGGGUCCUGUGCCCUGAGCACUCCACGGACCCCCAAGUACCAGAGGAUGAAGUGUGUGGCUUCCCCUUGGUACGGAACGUGUUUGAGCUGACGGGAGACUUCUGUCACCGGUCCAGACAACGGUGCAAUCAGCAUUAUUGUUGGGAGAAGCUUCGGCGGGCCGAGGUGGAUCUGGAACGUGUGCGAGUGUGGUACAAGUUAGAAGAACUGCUGAAGCAGGAGCGAAUCGUGAGAAGGGCCAUGACCAACCCUGCUGACUUUUUGGCCUUAAUGCUCCACCAGACCACCCAGCAUGACCCCUUGACCACAGACCUGAGGACCAAAGUCAACAGCUAA